AUGUCUCAAAAAUGGAAGCCUUUAAAGCAAGUCGGUGUUAUUGGAGUGCCGUUUGAGAAAGGUCAGAAGAAAUAUGGAGUCAGCGUUGCUCCUGCAGCGAUGAGGUCUGCUGGACUUAUAGAGCAAUUGAGAGAAAUCGAUGGCCUAGACGUCAAAGACUAUGGAGACAUAGAUAUACCAUCAUGCCACGAAGCCGCUACUGUAGACAAUAUGGCGUAUCUUCCUCUAGUUUCUGCCUGUAACAGAAGUCUAUCGAACAAAAUGACUCAGGUGCUUAACGAUGGAAGACUUGCAGUGACAAUAGGCGGUGAUCACUCUAUAGGAGUAGGCACCGUUGAUGGACAUUACAGCGUGAAUGAAGAUAUGAUCCUAAUUUGGGUCGACGCACACGCAGACAUAAACACAAACAAGACUUCGGAUUCGGGGUCUGUGCACGGCAUGCCGGUUGCACUGCUUGUAAAGGAAUUGUCUGACUAUUGGCCUUAUCUACCCACAAUGGACUGGCAGGUCCCCAAAUUUUCCAUCAAGAACUUAGGUUACAUCGGUCUAAGAUCCGUAGAUCACUACGAACGACUAGCAAUAGAGAAAUACAAAGUUCCAACAUUUGCUAUGGAGGAUAUAGAAGACCACGGUAUCCGAACAUCUAUAAAUCACAUUCUGCACGUAUUAGACCCUGAGAAGAAGAAGCCAAUCCACGUCAGUUUUGACAUCGACUCCUUGGACGCGCUCGAAGCACCAAGUACAGGAACUUCAGUGAGAGGCGGACUAACCUUACGCGAAGCAAUCAAACUCAUGGAGAUUAUUCACUCGACGGGUCGUUUGAGAGCGCUGGAUCUCGUUGAAAUAAAUCCGGCUAUAGGAAAUGAUUCUGAUAGAAAAAGGACAAUCGAAGCGGGUCUUUGCAUUUUGAAAGCAGCUUUAGGAUUCUCGAGGAGAGGCACUAGUCCGCGUGGUGCGACGGACUUACCUAUAAUUUCGGCAUCCUUCAAAAUAAGCUCUUGCUUAGAAACAAAACAAGAGAAAGAGAGUGGAGAAGAAAAGAACGGAAUGAGAGCCAUAGCCGACAAGUACUUUUCAAAAAUUUCGAAUAUUGAAUCGAAGUACAUAAUUAACGAGGGAUUAUCCAAAACGAUAUCCAAUCUGUUACAGGGAAAAGUGAACGCUUUCCCUCUUUACAAAGUUAGUCUUUCUUUAGAUCGGAAGCCAGUAAAAAUACCAUGGACCUUGGACUUAGCUAGUCCACUUGAUGACUCACAUUAUAAGAAAAAGUUUAAGUACCUGAAAAUCAAAAAGGUUCCUGCUCCAGGGAAUUAA